UCGGGCAGGUUGGCACAGUCUGUGGUCGCGUGUCCAACCUGUUUCAGGAAAUGCAAUUUGGAAAAUCGACAGCGAAAUUGGUACAAGUUGAGCAUGCCACUUGUUUCUGGUUUUACUCGUCGAUUUUUCGAAUUUAUUACCGCGGUCGCGGUCGCGGAUAGGUCGCGAGUAGGUCCCGAAACGAACGUUUAUGUGUUGCUCGAGCACACACACAUGCGGACGGACAACGAUCACUGUGAUCGAUGGUCGUCCAUGUGUAUUGGGGUCAACUAUCGCGGUUUAUCUUUUCAUUUCACCUUUAUAAACUCGAGCCUAGAUUUAAGUUUCAGCCUGGCAGAAGAAACUGCCGAAGAAAGAAGAGGCCCGGCUAAUUGCCAUAGAAGAGGGCAGCAACUAAUGGCUUCUCAUCCUCUGGAUGGGAAAUCUGUCCAGAGCAUGGGAAGUCAUUCUUGUUACUACUUUGUCACUAUGCUUGUUGUUAGUAUUUGU